AUGGCAUCCAAGGGAGAAGCCUUGAAUGGUUUAAAUCGUACCUCAAGGACAGAAGGCAGGUUUGUUCAAUCAAUGGUAAGAAAUCGUCUGCAAAUGAUACUAAAUGUGGGUUCCACAGGGAUCGAAUCUUGGUCUCAUCCUUUACUUCUUUAUAUUAAUGAUCUCCCAAAUAGUUUGAAAAUGUCAAAACCUUCAAUGUUUGCUGACGAUACAAAUCUAACCUGUGUUGGGCAAACCUCGAGUGAAAUUGAAACCAAACUUAAUGAAGAGCUUGAGAAUGUCCACCGAUGGCUAACAGCAAAUAAAUUUACUUUAAUUAAACGAUGA